AACAAAAUCAAAUUGAUCGAGACGAAGUAAUUGAGUCCCCAUGCACGCAACAGUAUCUAACCGAAUCGAUGUAAGAGAAGAAUCAAAGCAAAGGUGUCACCGUAUAAAAUAGUGGUGGGUGGGUAUGGUCGUGCACAUCACGAUUCAGUAGUCUGGUCAUAUGGUCAACCAAUGCAACCUUGUACUAAAAUCACAAUCCUAUUAAGGGAUGGAGAGACUACGAAGAGAAGCUAUAAAAGAGACGUUAUAUUAACACUAGAGUAUAUAGAUUAAGGAGUGAUUGUAAGACAGACAAUUGCAUUUUAUACAUUUCUUAUUUUAUUUUACUCUUAUAAAUGCUUGGAAAUUUUCCCUCCAAGAAGAGAGGGAGGUAUGAUGUCUACAUGUCAAACUACUACCGAAUAAAAACAGAAGGGGCUUUCCUCUGUUUACGCCCAAAUUUUCCGCUUCACCUCUUCUCUCCUUCUCAAACUCCGUUGAACACAUCAAUCAAUCAAAUCUCACCCUAAAAGAAUAAAAAAAAAUUAUUUAUUUUUUUCAAAAAUAGUUAUUGUUAACAUCAUCUCCUUCCUUCUUCCUCCAGAUAAAAAAAAAUCAAGUGCCGCAUUUGAAUGGCGUGAAGACUGUGUUAUAUAACAAGUUAUGUAUCAAUCUACGUCAAACAAACAGGGAGAAUCUUCUUCGUCUUCUUCACAGCCUCCUCAACAACAGCAGAAUGCUAAUGAACAAGACCAGGAGCAACAUGGUGACACAUGUAGUAUUCCUCCUGCUCAGUCUGGAAACGCUGACUCUCGUUCCCGUGGCACCGGCAACAACAACACGGUAUUCAAGAGUGGACCUCUAUCUAUUUCAUCAAAAGGGCUUGGGUGGACAUCUUGGAAGAAAAGAUGGUUUAUCUUGACGCGCACUUCACUUGUUUUCUUUCGAAGUGACCCGAGCGCAGUUCAACAGAGAGGCGGUGAGGUCAAUUUAACCCUUGGUGGAAUUGAUCUCAACAAUUCAGGCAGUGUGGUUGUUAAGGCAGAUAAGAAGCUGUUGACUGUUCUCUUCCCUGAUGGUCGUGAUGGACGUGCCUUUACACUCAAGGCUGACACAAUGGAGGAUCUACAAGAGUGGAAAACUGCUCUAGAAAACGCUUUGACACAAGCACCUAGUGCUUCCCAUGUUAUGGGUCAAAAUGGUAUCUUCAGGAAUGAUAAUGCACCAGAUGCGCCCCCUGUCGAUGUUGAUGAACCGAAAGAUGAGACACCAACAAAUUUGACUGUCUUUGGAAGACCAGUACUGCUUGCUCUAGAAGAAGUUGAUGGAUCUCCAUCUUUCUUGGAAAAAGCUCUUAGAUUUGUUGAAGAUCAUGGAGCCAAGACAGAAGGAAUAUUGAGACAAGCUGCUGAUGUUGAUGAUGUUAACCAUCGGAUUCGUGAAUAUGAGCAAGGGAGAAAUGAGUUCACUGCCACGGAAGAUGCUCAUGUUAUUGGUGAUUGUCUUAAGACUGUUCUCAGAGAGAUGCCUUCCUCUCCAGUGCCUGCAUCUUGUUGCAACGCCCUUCUUGAAGCUUGCCGUGACCGUGGCCAUAGAGUCAAUGCCAUGCGUGAAGCAAUUAGUGAAUCAUUCCCUGAACCAAAUCGUCGCCUUCUGCAAAGGAUCCUGAUGAUGAUGCUGGUUGUGGCCUCUAACAAAAACGUGAACCGGAUGAACACAAAUGCAGUUGCAGCUUGUAUGGCACCUUUACUUCUUAGACCUCUUCUCCAUGGUGACUGUGAAAUUGAAAAUGAUUUUGAUGUUGGCGGUGAUGGCUCUGUGCAACUUCUGCAAGCAGCUGCUGCAGCUAAUCAUGCACAGGCUAUAGUCAUAACAUUGUUAGAAGAAUAUGACAGCAUCUUUGGAGAAGGUUCCUUGUCAGCUGGCUUGUACUCUGACUCAGAAGAGAGUGGUAGUGGAUCCGAGGAAGGAACAGAUGAUGAAGAGUAUGAUGAUGAUGAUGGCACACAAGGAUCUGGUGACUACACAGAUGAGGAAGAAGACCUUGAAGAUGAAUCUGAGGGGUCAUAUAGUGAGAGUGAAGCCUCUGUCGACCAUCAUGGCGAUGACAUUGAUGAUGACCAUAAGGCACGGUCCCAUACUAAGAUAAAUGAUACUUUAAGUUCUGAAUCCAAAUCCCCAAAAGGAAGUAUGAAGCCUCAAGUUACUAAGAAGCUUUUAUCAGGCUCUAACCGGUCUUCACUACCACGGCAUGAUGAUGCAAGAAAGGAUGAUAACAUCCUAGCUAAAGGUUCUGAUCAUACAGAUGUAAAGGCUGGUGAGGUCUCAAAAACUGAGGAUAGAAACUCAUCUAUGAAGGAACCGUCUACAUUGUCUAGUGCAUCAGGAGAAAGUAAAAGGCACUGGGGCCGUGCCCAUGGGAAGAGAAACCUUUCCAUGGAAUCUAUUGAUUUCUCAGCUGAGGUGGACGAGGCCGAUGCUGACGUUGAAAGACUUGAGACAACCAAAUCAGAGCUACAAAACAAAAUUACAGAGGAGGUUAAGAACAAUGCAGUACUACAUUCUAGUUUGGAGAGACGGAAGAAAGCUUUGUAUGAGCGGCGUGAAGCUCUAGAGAAAGAUGUGGAAAGACUACAAGAGCAGUUGCAGCAAGAGAGAGACAAGAAAGCAGCUCUGGAAUCAGGACUGAACAUGUCAAAAGGGAAUAAACCUAUUCCAGAAACAACCGAUGUAAAGUUGAAGAAAGAUCUGCAAGAUGUAGCUCAAGCGGAGGAUGAUAUUACCAACUUGGAGCAUAAGGUUGAUGAUCUUGAGAAUAGACUUGGUCAACAGGACGUUAAAGCAUCUGGUGCCAGCAAAGAAUCUCGGAGAAGUCCAGAGCACAAUGCAAAAAUGAAGGAGAAACAAAAGGAUACAGAAGCAGCCGCUAGUCAAGCAACGCUCAAGGAAGGGCAGGGGGAUGCAAGAGGAAAUGAGAUAGAGAAGCAACAAGAUUCACGUGGCAAAAGCUCGCAAAAGGCUGCGGGCACGUCUAAGAGGUCUGGCUCAAAGGGAGAGGGAAACACAACAACUUCUGCACUUUCCAAGUUGACAAUGCGACUCAACUUCCUCAAGGAGAGACGGAGUCAGAUCGCUAACGAGCUCUCAAACAUGGACAAAGGAAAAAGCAGCUCAGGGCAACCCAGUCCAUCCUCGGGGCAAAAGAAAAGUCCCCAGGAGAGUGAAAGAGGAACAGGUUCGAACCAGAACCAGGAUUCAGACAGCAGCAAACUCACUAGCCCGCAUGUUCUUGACAGAGGAAGAUCCGAUAACGGAGGAGAUAGAAGCAGAGGAUCUGGUGGAGGAAACCAUCCCAGCACUACACCAAGGACCUUCUCUAGAUGAUCUCCUCAUUAGAGCUGCUUAACCCCAACUUCCCAAGAUGUACAGCCACCAUUUAACUUCAGGUUCUCUCCCCCAACAACAAAUAACAGAUUCGUUCUUUUUUUCUUCUUCUUCUUCUCUGCUCUACCCUCUCUUAUCUUGCUUCAAAGAUCAAAUAAACUACACUCUCUUUUUUUUUAUGUGUUCUUGGCUGUUCAGUGGAUAUGUUAUUAUGGUAGACAUUUACUUCAGAUUAUAGAAACAACAAAAUUGAAUUGUAUGUAACAACAACAGUGGUGUUUGAACAAAAAUCAUAAUGAUUCCUAUGCUAGUAUUGUUUUAAAUCGUCAUCAAUCAUCUUCAACAAUACAAGAAUGUUGAAAAAAAUUCACGAAGCAGAUUCUUGACUUGCUCCAACGUAAAGAAGAGGACAAUACUGAAAGGUCCUUCCUUGCCAACAACUAAAAUUGAAGUCAGACUCCCCAGUUUUGAAACUAAUCAAAGUUAAAAAGAACGUGUACUGCAUCUGAGAGUUUGAGACGGCCCAUUGUUUGCUUUGCUACAUGUGCCUUUUAAUCAUUGUAAAAAGGUUUCAUAACAAAAUAUACGUCGCCUGAGAGAUUCGAACUCUCGCGGGCAGAGCCCAUGUACUUAGCAGGCACACGCCUUAACCACUCGGCCAAAGCGACUUAUUGCCAUAUCGCUUAUAAAUAAAUUAUAAAUUCAAUUAUGAUAGAGCUUACUAAUCAGAUUUGUUGCUAAGAUAGACCUUCACUCAUACAAACAUUUUCUGUUUGAAUUGCCUGGUAAUAAAAACAGGAGCAUACGUCUUGGUUUUAGAAGUAAAUUUACACAUGUAGAGGGAGUGAUUUGGUGAAAGUGGUUACUGAGAAGUGGUAUAUACAUAUAUAGAUAGUGUACAGUGGGGAAGAAAGUUAAUAUAAUUUUGUAAUAACCAUGAAUAAAGCUAUUCUACUCGUGCAAAACAAGCGAUGGUGUAUUCUAACAAGUGUCAUAAAGUGAUCAUCAAGGAAGCACAAGAUGAAGCAUAUGAUGAAAACCAAAAACAAGAAAAUAUAUAAAGAGAAAUAAGAUAGAAGAGUUAACAUUCGUACUGUGAAGCAUCUCCUCAACAACAUCUUAGAACUUAGAACAAGUAUGAUCAGAAUCCGAACAAACAUUAUUGAGAAGGGAAAGAGAAAAGUUACUUGGGG